AUGGCGGGCGACGAGGCAGCGAAACUGUCGUCGGCGCAGUGUAUACUGCUGGCGGUGCACUAUGCUAGCGAGGCCAACAUCCGCACCCUACACGCCUUCACGCCGCAGCGUCUGGACGUGCUGUCACCUGAAUUGGUCCUGCGCAUCGUGCUCAGUUAUCUGCCAGAGACGACAGAUCCUUCGCUAUACACGACCUAUGUGCGCGAGGUCGCCACACGCAUCUACCUGGAGCAACAUGAGCCCUUGGACAUAGACACAACCCCCGUCACGUCUCUGUCACCCGAACAGGCCCAGAAGCGUGUCAACAAGCUCUCGACUGCAGACCUCAGCCCUCCGGCAUUUCCUCCCCAUGCUCCCAACGACCUCUUGACUCGCUUCAUCAUUCACCGCGCAAGUCGUAUCGACACCGAGACGGGCCUCCUUGCUCUGGUCCCGCGCCUGGUAGAGCCGUUCCUCGAUACCAACGACUACAUACGCACUUGGUACAUUUCUGUCGUCCUGCCCUUGCUACGUCUCCGCUACGACUACUAUCCCGGAACAAAAGACCCGCCAAUCAUCUCCUCCUUUGAGAAACUCGAUGGUCAACAAGGCAUCCAUCUCUUGCUUGAAAAUGUGACCAACGUCGAACAUGACAUUACCUCGUCCACCGACUCGGAAGGUGUAAUCGCCAGAGAUACUAGAGCCAUGGUUGGUCCAUGGAUGUACGGCCACACCGAGCGCAAAAGACGUCGCCUCUAUAACAAGAAAGAGCCCAAGCAGGACGAACACAGCGCGGUCCGCUCUCCUCCACGUACCGCUUUCAUCAAACUCGAUGGUGUCUCAAAGGAGGACAAAACAGGUCACGAUUGGGAAUACGUCUUUGAAUGGAUGGUACACAAUGCUGUCGACAAUUUUGCUCUAGUAACGAAUCUCAUCGAAGAAUGGGAUGGCCCUGGUGACGUUGAUCUUGGUGGUUUCCACAAUCCUCAAGGCUACCUCGACGAUGAUACCCAAGCCAAGCUAGAACGCCAGUACGCACAAGCUGCCUUUGCUUGCUGCUACGCCGCCAAAGCCGAUAGUCCAGAGAUCAUCGAUGGCGCUCAUGGAAUCCUUGUGCGCCUGGCUCAACUGCUUGAUUUCGAGCCACCUCCAGAACUCGCCACUUCUGUAAAACAGCUACCGAAGGUCGAUAAGCACGCCGAGCUUUUGCAUGCUACUGAUUCUACCAUAUACCUCGAGCCUGAUGUCCUUCUACGCCCCGAACAUCCUCUGGCCACCCCACGACUCGAAACUUAUAUGCUUCUCCAAAUGAUGGUUUAUUCGGCCUAUCAGCUCAAUGGCCUUGGUCACAGUAUCUCGAUACUCAACGUUGCGAAGUUGCGCUUCUUUUCAGAUGAGGACGAACAGUUGGCUCUCCUGCUCAAGAUUGUGCACGGCCUGGCUGCCAAAGGUAAACGUGAUGAACAGCAAUGGCAAUACGAUUACGACAAACUAAUUUGGUUGUGGAACUGGAAUAUCGAACUCGAAGACCAAGGUCGCCGAGGCGCCGGCAUAUUUGGCAAAAUCGAAAAGACGACGGUUGAACGCGAAUUGCUCAAAGUCCUGAUUUCAAGCGGAUGUUACUCGCUAGUCGACAGCCUAUACUUUUCUCCCUCUGAUACUCGCCGAAUCGAGUCAGGAGACAUCGAGAAAGUCGUCCUUGAUCAAGCAAUGCAGCUAUACGACAAUGCCAGCAACGGUAACCGAACAAGGGGCAACAUGAAGAAAGCUCAAGACCUAAUUGUCCACUGCCAAAGUCAAUUUCCUCAGAGCGCCGAGUUCAAGAAGGCUCUGGCACUAAUCGCAGCAACACACUCAAUGUCUUUCUAUUCCCUGACGCUGCAACACGGUGUUCCUUUCCAGCCUGUGAACAUCCGCGCUAGCUUGGAUCCUCUGUCGCUCCUUCCAAAGCUACUUGAGCAGAACGCCAACAGCUACACAAAACUCGAUGAUCUCAUAGGAAUCGGUCGCAACCUGAUAGCAGCUGGUCUACCACUUCGCAAUGCUGACGGCGAUCUCGUUGAUCGAACCCUAGAAACCGACAACGACAAAAAGACUAAGCUCUUGGUUGCUGAAAAGAGAGUCAUAUACAUGUGCGUCGAGGCAGCACUCACCGUCGGUGACUUCGAGACUGCGUAUUCGUACGUUGUCAAUAGGCUGGCCCCACAAGACACCAUACCCUCAUCCUCACCAGAGGGGCAACCACAAGAAGACGACGUAUCUUGGCGCGCAGCCUUCCUCGCCGGCCGCUACAGACCACAAUCAAACGCCCAACCCACCCUUCGCCGCUUGGAUCAACGUACCGAACUGCUCAGUCUAGCUCUACUCCUCGCCCCUCCAGCCUCACUGUCAGAAGUUCUGAACAUAUGGCGCCGCUGCGAAGAAGAAACCAACGCCCUCCUCGCCGCCGAAACGCAAGCAGAAGAAGAAUUCGACGACCGCGCAGACAAACGCAUCAGCGUGCCCGGCGGGUUCUCAGACGUGUCGACCGAGGGCAUGGUGUUUGGGCAGCCCCGCCGUGAAGUCGGCCGCUCCAAUGCCGAAGCCAGACGCGGCGCCGACGAAGAAGCACCCAUGGGACUGUUCGACGUGGCUCGGGGUGCGGCGAAGGCGUUCAGCAGGAAUGCAUUCCCCUUGCGUGGUCCGAGUAGUGCUGCUGCUGCUGCAUCGCAGCAACAACAGCAAUCGCAGAUGCAUGCUCAACAGCCAACGCUGACCGGUGAGGCCGCGGCGCAUGAAGGCAUGGACGAUGCUGGCAGAGUGCGCAGGCGAGACAUGAUUGCCAACACCGUGACUGGUGGUCUGGCGUCUGGAAUCGGAUGGAUGUUGGGUGCGACGCCCGUGGACAGGAGUGUCGAGGAUCGCCGAUGA